AAGCUCCUUGUGCCCUCCUUCCCUCUGCCAACCACGUUCGUGCACCUUCUUUUUCAAAUCCCCCGACCCCUCAGUAUACGCAUCAUCUUAAUUAACCUCGCAAACAUUUCUGAGAAAAUUAAAAAGUUGCUCUCCGGUGCUCGCCGAUCGAUCACUGCUGUCUAUCUAGUUCUUGUUUUUGGUCAUAUGUUUGUAGGUUUGUGAUAUUAAUCUACUCGGCAGCUCGAACUGUUGGAGUCUCAAUUAUUGCGAAGAGACGGGAUUUGUGUAAAUGCAGAUUGAUGCAGAAAUGCAAGAUGCGAACACUACUGUCCAGAUUUCGAAGCCAGUGGCGUCGAGGCCCUCUCGCAGCUUUAGGUUCUUCCCCGAGCUCCUCCCCAUGAGUAGUUCCCUUCCACCCCUUGCUGAUCAUCAAAGACCAACAGCCAUCGAGCCGAAGACUACCAGAUUUGGAUUCGCGUCAAAUGACUCUGCGGCUAAAGCCGUCGCACUGAUGGACGAUACGUCGGAAACGAAGGAAACAAGAACAAAUACAGUGCUCAAGCCGACAGCGAAAUCGUUUUCUCGGGCCACUGCUUCUCUCCUCCUGUCAAAUUUGGCAAGCAUUAUUGGUUCCACUCAACAACAGCCAGUCACAAAUAUUAAUCCGUUUGUGCAACAUGAACUGAACCGAGAAAUGGACGCGAGAAAUCAACACCAGAUCAGGAAGCAAGAUCGGCCGUCGUCCUGUGACGGCUACAACUGGAGAAAGUACGGGCAAAAGCAAGUGAAAGGGAGCGAGUACCCGCGAAGCUACUACAAAUGCACGCAUCCCACAUGCUCUGUUAAGAAGAUAGUCGAGAGAUCGUUGGACGGGCAGAUCGCUGAGAUUGUGUACAAAGGCGAGCACGAUCACCCGAAGCCUCGGCCUCCGAAGCGACGACUCUCGUCGGGUUCGCAGGAGCAGACCUUCGUCGCCGACGAGAAUAGCAGAUCAGAGACGGGCAAUCUGCAGUCAUGGAGUACUACUGGUUCGCUGUUGCUAGAGGUAAACCCCAUGGGAUUGUCCUCCUGCAGGAUUCCGACGCCUUCUGUACAGGUGGAUUUGCCCGAUGAUCGUCCGAUCGAUACCGAUUGCCGGCGCAGCAACGCCGACCAGGUCGCUGACUCUGCUGAUGUAGGGGUAAGGGGAUGGCAUCCACAUGGUUAGGAGGGCCUUUUGAGAAUUUCAUCAUUUUUUUUUUGAGAUGCCAAGGAUUCAGACGCUGCCUUCUCCCUUCGUGACGCCGCAGCUCAGAUGCGUCCUCGUCCUCACCUCGUGACAUCUCACGCUCACGCACGCUGCCAUAGGGGACUACUCUUCCCCUUCUCAUGCCGUGAGAGCCACUGUCGCCGAGCCAUUACCGCCGCUGCCGGCCUUAUCACCCUCGCUGCCUUUUGCCCUCCACUGUACUCGGUCGCCGGCAAUCCCCCUCUCUCUCUCCUUCAUCUUCACGUCACUGUAAUCAUCGAAAAUAAUAAAAAAUAAUUUAGAAUUGAUUUUAA